CCUCUCCCACUCCAUCACUCCAUCCCUCCCCAACCCUUCCAUCUCCCCUUCUCUGUCCUCUCUCUGUCCCUUCGUCCCCUCUGUGCUCCCCUCCCCCUGUAUCACUCUGUCCCUUUCUUUACCCCUCCAUCUAUCUGUCUCCCUCUCUCGCUGCUCCCUCCAUCACUCCGUCCCUCCCCGUCUCUCCAUCUUUCUAUCCCUCCUCAGGCUCUUUAUUCCCCCGGUGCCUCAGUCUCUGCCUCUGUCAUUUUGUUUCUUCCUCUGCCCCUCUCCCAGUCAUGGAUGGGUUGCCCCCCUCUCCAGCCCUCUCUCCGGCUGCUAAUGAGCAAGACGAGCCUUUGAGGUGGCCAGACCUGGGGUGGGGGGUGGGCCUCCCCGAGGGGGGCGGAGGGGGCAGCUGCUGCGAAGGCCCUAAUGAGGCCCCCUCUGGGCCCCUCCCGCUGUGAUCUUAAUUCCUCCUUCUCCCUGGAGCCGCCGCUAAUUGGCCUGGGGCGGGCCCCCUCCUGGUUCAUGCUCUAUCCCCGGGAGGCAAAGACACCUGGAUCCCUGGGUCCUGAUCCCACACCUGUGGCCCUGUCCUUCUGUCCCUCCCUCCACCCGCCUCUCAGCCUGCCGUCUGCGCUUCCCUCCCGGCUUCCCUCUCCUCUCUGUGUUCCCCCCUCCACCUGACUCUAGGUGCCCCAUCCGUGCACCCCUCCACCCCUCCACUUGCCCCUCUCCUCUCUGUUCCUCUGUCCCUCUUUCGGCCGGCUUCUUGGUCCCCCAGCUGCGCAGAUCUUCAUGUCUCCCCUUUGCUUCUGUUUUCCUGUCCCUUCCUCCACCUUCCUCUGGGCACCCCUUUCGUGCGCCCUUCCACGCACGCCCCUGCUACUGGGUCCCAUCACCACCGCCAUCCCUAUCUGGGGACCCAGCUUUGCCCUGGCCUGGCCCUCCGCCCCGACUCCCGCCGGCUUUUAACCCUGUCCCCGCCGCAGCCAUGUCCAACAACAUGGCCAAGAUAGCGGAGGCCCGGAAGACGGUGGAACAGCUGAAGCUGGAGGUGAACAUCGACCGCAUGAAGGUGUCACAGGCGGCGGCCGAGCUCCUGGCCUUCUGCGAGACUCACGCCAAAGACGACCCGUUGGUGACGCCGGUACCCGCCGCAGAGAACCCCUUCCGCGACAAGCGCCUCUUUUGCGUCCUGCUCUGAGCCCUCGCGACAGCUUACCCUCCCCUGGCAAACCUCAGAAAGCAGCUGGCUACUUGUAUGACACCCAUUUUUCAGAUGAGGAAACUGAGCCAAAGGUGGCUAGGAGAUAAUGGGGUGAAGACUGGACUCCAGCGCUCCCUGAACCUCUCAGCUGGCCUCUCUUCUCUCCUCCCUCCUGGGUUGGGGGUUCUUAGAAGCCCCAGUGUCCACCUUUCUCACCCCCUGAAUGAUUCCACCCCGUUUUUCCACAUCUAGUUAGUCCCUGACACAGGCCCCCCUCUCCUUAAGCACUGAACUUUUCUCUGUUCAUUUAUUCAUUCUUUCAAACACUCCUGGCCCUGUGCUGGUUGAAACUGGGGACACGGCCAUGACUGAGACAGUCCUGGCCCUGGGCUCCUAGGGCUCAGAAUCCAGUGGGAGAGACAGACCUGUCCCCAGAUAGUGAUGAUUCAGAGUGGGCAAGCCUGGGAUGGGGGAAUUCAGAGGGAAUGCCUGACUCAGCUUGCAGGUCAGGGAGGGCUUCCUGGAGGAGGGAACAUCUGAGCUGGGACAUG